AUGAGUACUUCAUCCAAAUUGGAUAGAGACUUUGAUCCUAACAAGAUUGAUCAUUUCUUGUAUAAGAGUAUGAUUGGUAGCUUGUUAUAUUUGGCAGUAACUAGGCCAGAUAUUUCAUUUAGUGUAGGUGUUUGUGCUAGGUAUCAAGCUGAUCUUAGAGAACAACAUAUUCUUGCAGUCAAGCGCAUUAUUCGUUAUGUCAAUAGUACAUUGAAUUAUGGAUUGUGUUAUUCUUCUGAGUCUAACUCUGAGAUUGCAGGCUAUACUAAUGUUGAUUGGGCUGGCAACAAGGAUGAUAAAAAGAGUACUUCAGGUGGUUGUUUCCAUGUUGGUACUAACCUUGUUUCAUGGUACAGCAAAAAGCAAAAUUGCAUAUCUUUAUCAUCUUGUGAAGCUGAAUACAUUGCUGCUAAAAACUGUUGCACACAAUUGUUUUGGAUGAAACAGAUGCUUCUGGAUUAUAGAGUUGAUCAAGUGCAUACUGAUCAGAAUUUGGCUGAUAUUCUCAUUAAACUAUUAGAUGCUCCUAAGUUUUCUCAUUUUAGGAAAUCUAUUGGUAUCCGUUGUCUUGAUUAG